AUGGACUCGGGCUCCCUGGAAAGUUCGCCGUCGGAUAUGGUGAUAAUCAGCGGAAUGUUGUUGAUUGAGAACGCAGAUUUAGCGGGCGUGCUGUAUUUCGAAUCGCAUACUGCGGCUGCGGAUCGGUUGAGGCAGUCUUGUGCACAGGGUGAUAUGGCAUGGCGGAGGGACAUGUUGCGGCUGAUGAUCCGCGAAUCGGCUCCAUUUGGCUGGGGUUGA